AUUCUAUUUUACUGUACUACAGUGAAGCGUUCUGUUCUGGUGCGCCCGGGACUAAUUGCGGUAAUCGGGGAUUUACAUACAUUCUUGGCCCUAUAUCCCAGCACCGCAGAAUUACUCCCAACAGGUUAUGAGCCCGGUGCCACUCAGAACGCCCCGGGAAUCGAUUUAAUUCCGAAAUCCUCACAUCGAUAAAGUGAGAACCUGAACUGCUCACCGGGAACCCUCGGUCACAAGAAGCCCGCAGCAAGCAGACUUCCAGCUCAGUGACAGGAUUCCGGCCUCACUAAGAAAGUGAUAACUGCCCCGAAAAAAAAAUGGAGGUUACCACCUCCCCCGAACGGCCCCGGCUUGCGAAGCUUACAGGGCCAAACUAUCGGAACUGGGCGACGCAGAUGCGCCUUAUCCUUAUGGAUCAGAGGGUAUGGAGCGCCAUCGACCAGGCUUAUAAUCUGGACGACGACGUCUUGCUCAACGACUUUGGGAUCUCGCCCCUGCCUAAGUCAAAGAGCGGAAAGGAGGGCGAAGAUGCCCUGGCUGAGGCCGAGCCGAAGCCCAAGACUAAGGAAGAGCUAUUCGCUCAGGCCAAGAAGGACCAGCUCGCUGAGCGAAGAUGCGUCCGGGCGAGCACCCUUAUCCUGUCAGGAUGCGCCCAGAAUAUCGUCGACCAGAUCGUCCGCUUCCGCACAGCGAAGGAGAAAUGGGAGAAGCUCGAGAAGCUGUUUGCUCGGACUGAGAUACAGCAGAUAUCCUCGAAGACCGAAGCCUUCAACAGGUACUCGCCUCCCCUGAUGGCAUCGGUGAGCGAAAUCGUCACCCGGCUCGACGAUCUCCAGGAUGAGAUAAACCAGAUGAACCCCAGAGAAGCGCCCACAGACUUGAAUAAGUCUGGCCGCCUCGUCGCGAUCCUAUCGAAGCGCGGGGGCAAGUACGAUAUCACAGCCGCCCAGAUUAUGGCAGCGAAAGUCACCGACUACGAGGAUAUCGUCCAGCACUUCCUCGAUAUCGAGGAAAAGAUAGCAGAGGCCAAACCCGUUGCAGAGUCAGCUCGACAGGCUUCGACCGGCGAUGAGUCGCCAAAGGCAAGGAGCGGUCGGGGCAGAGGCGGGGGAGGCAGGUUCUCCCCAAGAAGGGCCCGUACGUGCUACCACUGCGGGAAGACCGGCCACUUCGAGAGAGAGUGCCGGUCGAAGUAGCGAGGAGAGCCCCCAUCGGCAGGGUCGUCGACCGGCCCGCUCGCCGCUCCUGGUGGCGGAAAGGGGUUAUCACCACCCCCCGAAGGAGCGGACGUCGCCAUCGCUAAUGUGGUCACUGCCCCAUCCACCGAGACGUCUUGGAUCGCCACCAUCGAUA